GCCGGUAGCUCACACGCAAAUCGCUGAAGCGAAACACAACGCCGCUCGCGCAACAGAUCGCCAGUUAAUGUUUGACAUUCGCCGUUAAAACACUUGACGAGCAAUACGCACACUUAACAAAACGGAUUAUUGAAACGAGUUCGGCGAUAUACGCUUAGAAAACACUUUGCGCUAUGCGUUCGCGUGCUAUGAUAUUCGAAACAAAUUCUAUUAGCGUCAGAGUAGUUAAACUACUUUUUGUUUUUGUGCUCAUCACCGGUGCGUUGCUCUGCUGCGAUGCGUCCGCGUCGUCUUCACAGACAGCAAGUGUUCGUGGUAAACGCGUGAAACGCAUUGUGGGUGGACGCCAAUCGAAAGCGCCACCACCUGACGAUCCGGUCGUGUUUACGCGCACAUUUAAUCGCGAUGCGCGCGUCGAGGGUUUUCGCAAUGAACGCACUGGCAUCUAUACCUUUCUUGGCAUGUUUUACGCCGAGCCGCCAAUUGGUCUAUUGCGUUAUGCGCGUCCGGUGUAUAAACGUAUGGCGGGUGAUAUAAAUGCGACGCGUUUUGGACAACCAUGCAUACAACCCGAUCCGUAUAGUCCCAGUCGCAUAGUGGGUAAUGAGAACUGUUUGUUACUCAACAUCUACACACCACGCAUGCCGGACGAGACGACUGGUCUACCCGUUUACGUAUGGAUACAUCCCGGUGGCUUUCGUUAUGGCUCUGCAGCGCAAUAUGAUGCCACGCCUAUAGCACAACAGGGCAUCAUUGUUGUAGCGCCACAAUAUCGUCUUGGCUCUUUGGGCAUAAUGGGUGAUGGCACUAAGGAGUUCGAUGGUAAUUUGGCUAUCUUCGAUAUGGCUGCCGCCCUGCGUUGGGUUAACGACUACAUUCAUCAUUUUGGUGGCGAUCCGAAGCAGGUCAAGGUUAUUGGUCAUGGUUCGGGCGCUGCGAGCGCAAUGUACUUAUCAAUGUCACGUUCGGCGCGUAGUGCGAGCGAUGUGUCGGGUGUGGUGGCAAUGUCGGGCACCGCGCUGUCGCAAUACGCAACUGAUAAGCAGCCGGUGCAGAGUGUCGAGGAGGUGGCGAGCAUUAAUGGUUGUCCCACGACCAACGAGUUGGAGAUUGUGCAGUGUUUGAGAGAGAAAACUGCCGAGGAAAUCAUACAAAAUGACUCCAAAGUUCAAACGGAACGCCUUGCUGGACGCGCCAUAAUCAAAGGUCUCUCGGGCAAUGUGGGUUUCACGCCACACAGCGAGGGUGAGAAUGAUGGACGUGGACUGCCCAGCUUAAUUGUCGGCGAACCGGAGCAACAGUUGCGCAGCGGUAACUUCACGCCAAUACCGUUGCUGACGGGUGUUACAAAACAUGAGACCGCAAAUGCUAUUAGCAUCAAUACGCUCAACAAGAUAUUCGGUUCGGCUGAAAAAUUCCUUAAUUCGCUAACCGAUGCAUUAAAAGAUCUAACAGGGUUCCUACGCAUCGAUAGUGUUACGGGUGAGGUACUUAAACCCGUUCUACCCGGCCUGACUUCGGCUUUAACGCCCACACUCAACGAUCUGUUGAAAGUGCCAGAGACAUUGAAUUUAGAUCAAGUGCUGUCGAAGGUCGUUGAAACCACCACCGACAUACUCUUCAAUCUGCCCGCUGUGCUAACUACACAGGUGUGGUCUCAGCUUGCGCCCUCCUUCAUGUACAGUUUCGAAUACAAUGGCACACGUUCGAAGGGCGUAAACUUCUUACGUGGGCUGCCGAUCGUUUCCGAGCAAUCGGCCAAUAGCAAUCCCGAGUUGGUGGCGCAUGGUGAUGAGCUCGGUUAUAUGUUCGAUGCAAAUGAUCUCUUUGGUAAUCCCAUACCGGAUGCGCAGUUAGUUGACGAAGAGGACUUGAAAGUGCGGGACAAUUUGAUAGGCAUGUUGGUGAAAUUCGCAAAAUCUUUUGGUAAGGAGAAUAAUAAGCAAGAUGCCGCGAAGGACUCGCUCUUCCAAAGUGUCACCGGCAAGGGCGUACCGUUUAUAAAAGUCGAUACGGAGAUUAGCGCUGAUAGUGAUUUCCGUUUUUGUGAACUCUCCGUUUUGGGCGCUUCACUCACCCCGCUCACCUCAACCACAUGCCAAGGUUUAGGUAGUGUGCUCUCACCACUAACCGAUGUUGUUGGUGGCACACUUGGGGGUUUAAGUGGUGGUGUUGUUAAUGGCGGUACGGUGGACGGUCUUGGUGAUACGCUGGGUGGCGUACUUGGUGGUGGAGGCGGAGGUAGACCUAGUCGGCGUAAUCAAGGCGGACAGUCAGGUGGUGGCGGCGGCGGUGGUGGUUUACUGGGUAGUGGUGGUUUGCUGGGCUGAAAGCAUUUGAUUGUAUUGGAAUUUUAUUGUUGGAUGAUUUAAUUGG